GGGCGGAACUCCAGGCAAGCCAAUCAUGUCGACGACGGUUCUCAUCACAGGCGGAAACCGCGGUCUUGGUAGAGCGCUGGUGGAAGCGUACCUGGCGACUCCCAACACAACAGUCGUGGCCACGGUGCGAGACGCAUCCAAAGCCGCUUCGCUAUCUUCAGUUACCAAGGCCGCGGGCUCGAAUGUCGUCACCAUUACCAUGGAAAUGGCGUCUGCAGAGUCGAUAGCCGCCGGGAUUGAGGAGCUGAAGACAACGCACAAGAUUAGUGCUCUGGAUGUCGUCGUGGCUAACGCCGGUAUAAACGGGCCGACGCCGAGCCUCAGCCAUACACCCAUACCUGAGAUCCAGAAGUAUGUCGAUGUGAAUGCAUACGGCCCGUUUGAAGUGUACAAGGCGACGCUGCCGCUACUUCGCGCCAGUGCUGCUGCGGGCAACAAGCCCAAGUUUGUCUAUGUCUCGAGUGCGGCGGGCUGCAUGACCAACAUGGUCAAUUUCUUGCCUAUAUCCGGAUACGGAGUUAGCAAGGUUGUAGGAAACUUUUUGUUCAAGUGGCUGGCGCUUGAUAACAAGGAUGUUAUUGCAUUGUCGUAUGACCCUGGAACCGUAGACACGGAUAUGACACGCGAUGGCCUCGAGCUAGCAAAGACUUUUGGUCUCGACAUGGGUGCGCUGUCUUUCCCACCUGCAGACGAGGUUGCGCGUUCAAUGAAGAAAGUGAUUGACGAAGCGACGGAGAGUACCAGUGGAAAGUUCCUGGACCGCGACGGCACCGAGUUGCCGUGCUAAGACACGCAUUGAUAGUGCCAUGAGACCAUGUGAUGACAAUG